AUGGAAUUAUCUAUCGUGCAGGAGGUCUUGGGAGUUGAGUUUGGAAAAGUCACGAAGGAUGCUGAGGGCAAACUUGAGGAAUUGUACAGGGAAUAUUUGAUUGAAUAUAUAAGUCGAGUUUCCCUUGAAAGAAAAGCAUUGGAAAUUGUAAAUGAAUUAAGGUUGGAAGUUACAGAAAUGGAAGGAUUGAAGCAAGAGUUACUUUUACCGGAAAUGUCUAUGAAAGAAAAAGAGAAGUGUGUGUCGGAAUUAUCAGCUACCUUGCUGAAACAAGGGGAGCAGUUGGAACUAGCUUCUCAGGAGCUUAAUAAUUUAAGAUGCUAUGCAAGCCAACAGCAAACAAUAAUAUCCGAAAGCAAUAAGGAAUUAGAUUUGCUGAAGAGUCAAUUGGAAGAAGCAUUGGAACAAAAUGAAGUACAUAAUGUGGAAAUAGACAAAUUGAAUCAAAAGCUUGAACAAGCAAUGGAGGAGUUAAAGGAAGCUAAUCAACAAAAAAAGGUUAUCCUCACCCUUACCCAAGAGAAGCAAAGCAUUUUAUUAUUGGUUGAAGUCAAGGAAAAGGAACACAAGAAGCAAAUGGAAACAGUAAAUGUUCUUGUACAUGGGCUGUCAAAAAUGAUUUCUGAUUUUGAAUGUCUAGUAGCAGAGGAUAUCCGAAAAAAUAACAUCAGGUUGGAACAUUUAAAUCCUCAAUCGAGUUCUCUUAUCCAACAAGCUUGUUUGCAGUCAGACAUGGAUGAACUCGUAUCACAAAUGCCAGAGUCUUCUAUGCAAUCUUCAUCUGCAGUAGAUGAAGUUUUCACUCAAGUCAUGGGACCGGAGCAACCUGGACGUGUUAGAACAUAUGGUUUUGGACCAUCUCCGAGAGAUGUGUCUGGACAUAAAAAAUCAGAAGAGAUGCAAGCAAUGCAGUCCCAACUAGAUGAGCAAUUGAGUAGACAUAAGGCAGAGAUGGAGGCUAAGCAGUUAGAGAUGAAGACUCAACAGGCACAAAUCAAGAAGCAAAUGAGUCAGAUGGAAGCUAAGUUUGAGGCUCAACAAAGACAGUUUGAGGUUUUUCUUGUUCAAAUGCGUGCAAUGGGUAUGUCUAUUCCCGAACCAGUUCACAAAAAUACAGAUCCACUUCAGGUUGAAAAGGUUCAUCGACAAAAGAGAGCGAAAUUGCAGCAUAUUAAUAACAAUGCAGCGAAAUUCCCAUCCAAUGCACACGGAUUAGGAACAGCAGCACUGUCAGCAAAAGAACUGGAGGCUCUCCCAUUUUGCGCCAUUGCAUAUGCUCUGACUGGUAUAUUUGGUACUCUGAUUUGCUCAGAUCCGGCAGUCAGACAAAGCUUGCUUGCAGAAUUCACUGCUUUAUAUGGUUUUGUUGAGAGUUCUUGUUAA